UUAUAUUUCCUUUCUUAUUUUUUUUGGGGCUAUGGCGCGGCUGUCCUCCCCCUCGAUCCCUCGAUUUCAUUUCUCAUUUUACCCUAAAAUCUCAACUCGUCUUUCCCUACAUAAAGCAUCUCUUGUUGCAACAGUUUCCCCUCAGACCCACUCCCUUUCGCUCUUUCUUUUUGGCUUUAUUGUAUAAUAAAAAACUUGCCCUUCCCCACCAGCCAUUGAUGAGCCCUUUUCGACUCAAGGCUCUCACCUUCAUGAUGAAUUGAUCUUUUUCUUCUUCUUCUUCUUCUUCUUUGGUUGUUCUGGGGUUCUGUUUUACCUCACCUUUUUGGGGUUUCCUCUUGAGAGAAAAAAUGGCUGAAAAGCUCGACUGUUCAGCCUCAAAUCUACUCUGUUCAGAGAACACAAGCUGUUGCUUUGAUGGAGAUCUCGAGUUUGGGGUUUCCCCUGCUGAUCACCAACGCUUUAAAAACCAAACCUUUAAUCAAAAUGACCCUUUUAUUAUAAACAACGGAUCAACUUCUUUGACGGGUUUUCCUGGUUUUGCAUUGCAAAGUGAUGAUGUAAUUAAGGAAAUGGUUGAAAAAGAGAUGAUGCAUUUGCCUGCAGAUGACUAUCUUAAGAGACUGAGAAGUGGGGAUUUGGACUUGAGUGCCAGAAGAGAGGCCAUUGAGUGGAUUUGUAAGGCUUCUGCUUAUUUCAGCUUUGGUCUUUUGAGCCUUUGCCUAUCCAUUAACUACUUAGAUAGGUUCCUAUCAAUGUACAACUUACCUAGAGAUAAAAGAUGGACAAUCCAACUGUUGGCUGUUGCAUGUUUAUCGAUUGCAGCGAAAAUGGAGGAGACAGUGAUGCCCUCAUCUGUAAAACUGCAGGUAGGGGAACCGAAGUUUGUGUUUGAAGCUAAAACAAUACAAAGAAUGGAGCUUUUGGUAUUAAGCACAUUGAAGUGGAGAACGCUUGUUUUAACACCUUGUUCCUUCAUUGAUUACUUCUUGAGCAAACUUUGUAACAAUCAAUAUCCUUUGUCGAUUUCGAUCUCUAGAUCAUUACGACUAAUGUCGAACAUAAUCAAAGGUAUCGAUUUGUUGGAGUUCAGACCUUCUGAAAUCGCCGCAGCAGUGGCCAUUUCCGUUUCGAGAGAAAUGCAAGGAUUCACCAUUGAUAAAGCUAUUUCGUCAUUCAUCUUUGUACAAAAGGAAAGAGUGUUGAAGUGUACCGAGGUGAUGAAAGAUUCAGCAUUCAUCAACGGCAGCACAACUCCUUCGGCUUCAUCCGCGCCUCGAAGCCCCAUUGGAGUACUGGAUGGCUCAACAUGUUUGAGCUAUAAAAGUGAUGAAACAAAACAUGCGUUAUAUACAAGUAGUUGUCAUCCUAGACCAGACAUUAAAAGGAGGAAGCUACACAACAAAUCAUCUCAACUUGACACCUGAAAUUACCAUCUUUUUUUCAAGUUUUGUCCUACUUUGGUCUGGUUUUGUAGCUGGAAAAGUGAGAUUGAAAAUGGGAAUAUACAUAGGAAUAAAAUUUCAAGGUGAAAAAUAAAAAAAAAUGAUUCAUAUAUAGUUAAAGAACCCACAAUUAUGCCAUGGUGGGUGUUGGUUUUAGAGAGAAAUACUACAGGUUUAUUAUUAUUUGUUGUAGUUUUUUCAAUUAUUUGCCUGAAAAAAAAUCAAGUUACAAAUUAUAAGCAAAA